AUAUUUCUCUCCCAAACGGUGCUCUAACACCAUUUCCUUCCCUUCACUUCCCUUUCUGACUGCCUCCGACACUCCACAGCGACGGCCGUUACAAUGCAAACCCUUAACCGUUUCUUCUCCGCCACAAGAAGAGUCGCCGCCGAACUCCGAAACGAAAACCGCCGCCAGUUGAUACCUUCGAGAAUCUUCUCCACCAAAGACGGAGGAGGAGGCGGCGUCGACGACAUGGAUUGGGACAUACCAAAACCCGCAACGUGGUCCACGGGCUUAACGAAGGACCACUUCAACGGCGAAACCGAUGGUUCGCAUUCGCAAUCAACGAUUCUCUCGGAUUUGCAAGAGAUGGAGGACAAGAUGAGGGAAUUCGAAGAGGAGAAUCGAAAGAGCAGGGCGUACGCGGAUGGGUGGAAGGGGAGAAUGGAGGAGACAAGCGUGUUCCUGAAGCAGGUUCAGGAACCUGGUGCAAGAGGCUCGUACCUGAAGGAUUCUGAAAAAGCUGAGAUGUAUCGAUUGCAUAAGCAAAACCCUGAGGUUUACACUGUGGAGAAGCUCGCUAAGGAUUAUAGAGUAAUGAGACAGAGGGUUCAUGCUAUUCUCUGGCUCAAGGAACUCGAGGAAGAAGAGGAGAAGAAGCUUGGUCGCCCCCUUGAUGAUUCUGUUGAACUCUUGCUUGACACUUUUCCUGAAUUCUUUAUUUCCAAUGAUAGGGAGUUCCAUGUUGCAUCCCUUCCUUACAAACCUGACUUCAAGGUUAUGCCUGAGGGGUGGGAUGGCAUUACCAAAGAUAUAGACGAAGUUCAUUAUGAAAUAUCCAAAAAGGAGGAUGAGAUGCUUUAUCGAGAAUUUGUUGAGAAGAUGAACUUCAACAAAAAGAAAAUGGCUGGAGAGGUGAAAUGCCACAGGUAUAGUCGACGACGGCCUUCAGAUGGAUGGACUUUUACAGUAGAGAAAUUGGGAAACCGGGGGAAGCGUGGAGGUGGUGGGGGCUGGAAAUUUGCUAGCAUGCCUGAUGGAUCAACCCGACCCCUGAAUGAUAUGGAGAAAAUGUAUGUGAAACGAGAGACUCCUCGCCGGAGACGCAGGAUCCUUCCUUGAUUACAUGGUGCUUUUUAUUUUGGAACUUUUGACUAGCUGUUAAAAUUAGAUUUUGUAGUCCAAUGCAUUCUAUGGUUAAGACUUUAUUCUUAAAAUGCCUGUAUUUUUAGCUGUGGCAAUAGACGCAUGAUUUGGUAAUGCUCUAAUUUGUCCACUAUUGGUAAAUAAAACAAUUUCCUUCAUUUUUGAAUC